GUUUCUCUCCAGUAAGAGCAUGUACAAGUAUGUGUUUAUUGUGUCUCAAGAAAUAAACCUGAUUAUAAAAGAAAAUGGCUCAAUAUAUUGCACAUGACAUAAAUAAGAAACAGAGGACGAAUGAUAUAAAAAUAGAAGAAGAUGUUACAUUUUUUCAAAUGAAACUUCCACGAGAUAUUCUGGAUGGGCUAAUGUCUGCUGGAUUUCAAAAACCAUCUCCUAUCCAGUUAAAAGCUAUUCCAUUAGGCCGUUAUGGGUUCGAUUUGAUAGUACGUGCAAAAUCAGGAACUGGAAAAACCAUAGUAUUUGGUGUAAUAGCUCUUGAUAUUUUAGAUAUUUUGGUAGGAUCACCACAGGUUUUAAUAAUAGCACCUACGAGGGAAAUUGCGAUUCAAAUAACUUAUGUUAUUAAAACAAUAGGUUCAAAAAUAGAAGGAUUAAGAGUUGAGUAUUUCGUGGGAGGAAUAUCGAUAGAAGAAGAUAAAAAAAAGCUAAGCAAAUGUCAUAUAGCUGUUGGUGCACCUGGCAGAGUAAAACAUUUAAUUGAAAAGGGAUUUCUUCAAGUUUCAAAAAUUAAAUUAUUUGUUCUUGAUGAGGCGGACAAAUUAAUGGAAAUUAAUUUUCAAAAAGAUAUCAAUUAUAUAUUUUCUAAACUACCAUCCAGCAAGCAAAUUAUAGCUUCAAGUGCUACUUAUCCUGGGGAUUUAGAAACAUUUCUACAAACUUAUAUGUCCUCUCCAGUGUUAACAUCACCAAAUAUUGAUGGACCAGUUUUAAUUGGAAUCAAACAAUUUGUGGCUGUGGUUCCGACACAUCCUAAUAUGAUGAAACAGGUACAAACAAAAAUUGAUGAGUUGGUAAAAAUUUUUACUAAGAUUCCAUUUAAGCAAAGCCUAGUUUUUUCAAAUUAUCAAUCACGGGCUCAAUCAGUAAGCAAUAAAAUUAAUUCAUUAGGUUUUUCAUCUUCAUAUAUUGUUGGAAAUCAAGAUAUGACUAAAAGAUUGGAAACGAUUGAAAAUUUAAGAAAUUUAGAAUAUAGAAUUAUGUUAACCACGGAUCUAACUGCAAGGGGUAUAGAUAUAGAAAAUGUUAAUAUGGUCAUAAAUUUGGAUAUACCUACGGAUCCGGCAACAUAUUUACAUAGAAUUGGCAGAGCUGGUCGCUAUGGAUCUUAUGGAAUUUCUGUUACAAUUGUUACCGAAAAUGAGCUUUCAUCAUUCAGAAAAUUAUUAAUUUCGAUUAGUGGAGUGAAUUUUUACUUAUUCAAGCUCAGUUCUGAUUAUACAGAAAAUGUUUGGACUGAUGAUACUUCAGUAUUUGAAAAAAUUUAUUUGGAAUUUGAAACUAGUCCCACAAAAUUGCCAGCCAUUGAUAAAACUGUUGUUGAAUCUGAAAAUGGUGCUCCUAUAACAAUAUCUAUGUCAGAACGUGUGUUUUCUUCAGUAGUCGAUGACAUAACAUCAGAAAAUAAUGUUUCUACUGUGAAACAUGAAGAAUAUAAUAUUUCACCCAAUAGCACAGCAAGCAGUAAUAUUUUGUCGACGGAAAGUAAUAUCACUCUUACAGAAUAUGACGAACGUAAAAGUAUUUCACCAAAACACACGACGAUCAAUAUGUUAUCGUCAAAGAACGUUGAAAAUACUACUAAAAAACGUGGAAAACGUAAAUUAUCAAAAAAUAGAAAAGGCCAUAAAACUGUUUCUAAUAAUACAUGUGUAAAAUCAAAAUCUAAUUUAGAUGAAAAGAUAAAAAUUAGUUCAUUAUUUCAACAUUAUGUUCAAAGCAAAGCUAAUUCUGCAGUUAAUACUUCUAAAGAAUGUAAAGAAGUAUCAACUGUAGAGUCUGUAGUUGAAAAUUCUGAAGAAAGUAAAGUAUCAAUUCUAAACUCAUCCAGAUCAAGAAACAUAUAUCAAUUUACAAUUACACCUAACUCCGAUGCUCCUUCUGCUUUGGAAGAAUUGAAUAAAGACGUCGUAUUUGAAGUAGCUCUAUCAGAUACAGAGAAUUGCAAAUUAUCAGAUUCAGACAUUGAAAACGUUAUUCGAUAUAUGAAAGAUUCUUUAAUUAACAAAGAAGAAAAUAAAGAAGAAAAUAAAAAAGAAGAAAAUGAUGCAAUGUCUAACCACGAUAAAGAGGAUAAUGAUGAAAAAAUGUCUAUACAAAUUUUUCAGGAUACUUUUUCUACAAAAAAUCCUGAUUUUAUGAAUAGUUUACCUAUAAAUGAAUUAGAUAAUAGUGAGAAUGAUCACAUACGGAUAAUAGUAAACAAUUAUUUAUUAAUAUAUGCUACAAAAGUUAUCAACAGCGAUAAUAAUGUUUGUAACGAUGAAGAAUCUUUGUUGAGAGUAGCUUCCAAGUGGAAAGAGUUACUCGAGUUUGAAAUUAAUUUAUUAGAUAAUACAUAUAAAGGCAUGACUGAUUCUUUUUAUAAAUUAAUAUAUAAAGAACAUUUUUCAGCUCUCAAAACUUUCCUUAAUAUACAGAAACGGGCUUUUUUGUGUGUUUUUCCACAGCUCCGUAGUGAUGAAGAGGUGCAGGAUACUUAUACAUAUUCAGCAUCUAAUGCAAAUAAUAAUUUAUUAGAUAUGUAUGAAGAAAUAGAAGAUUUCAAGAGUCGUUUUUAUAUAUUAGGAACUAAAUUUAACGCAUUUUUCCCUUAUCCUAUAAAUAUUGAUGAAGAUAUGCCGAAUUUAAUGAUGUCAAACUCUGAGAUUGAAGAAUAUCGCAAGGCAUUACAAUAUUUUAGAACUCAUCAAAAUCCAAAUGAAAAAAUAUUUGAAAUAAUAGAUUAUACAGCAUAUUUAAAUGAAACUGAAACAUGUGAUUUGAUUCAGAAAAUAAAAGAUCAAAAUUUAUCGUUUUCGGAUAUGAAAGCGCUUCUUAAAGAGACAGCAGAAAGGAAUACAAAAGAUGAUAAAUUAAUGGAAGAUUUACAACAAUCUGAAAAUUCUUCGAAAAGUGAUAAAUUGACGGAAUAUUCACAAGUGUGUGAGGAGUUGCCACUUUUGGAAAAUCAAGAUAAUAGUAUAUUGCAUGAGACUGUUGAAGUAGAUGCUCCAAUAACAAAUAUAAUAAAGGAAAAAGAUUCGAAGACAAGGAGAAUGCAAAAAGUUCAUUCCAAUCAAGUUACAGCUGCCAAUGAAGAUAAACAUAAUGUACAAAAUACGAAAUAUGACGUUUCCACUAAUGCAAUUUUCGAUCAAAGAUAUGAAAAGAUAGAAAUUUUGCAAACAAAUGAUGAAAAUGAUGAAAUUCAUAGUACCUCAAACGAGAAUAUCUCAUUUACACCAUUUGAGAAGGAUUUGAUAGGUAUUGAUAAAGAGUCUUCGAACAACCGAGAGAAAAUAUUGCUCUCCAAUAACAGUAAAAAAGAAUCCGACAAGAAAAACGUUCAACAUAAUAAAGUUAAAAACGUACAAACUAGAUAUACACCUGUACAAACAAAUAAUGUUGUUUAUAAUAAUGUUGAUGUGUUUGGCAAACAUAAUAAACAUGUAAAGUCUCAUAAAUAUGAUCCAAAGGAUAGCAUAGAUAUAAGUAAUUCGGUCUCCUCCGCAAGAUAUUCAAGGACACUAAAUUUACCUACAAGUAGAAAUGUUAAGAAAGUUCCUCGACCUUCGUUGAGUCCAGUGCAAAGUUUUUAUCCGCGAAUCCCAGAUUCUAAUUUAUGUUACGAUUUAGGUGCACAAGAUGAAGCAUAUUUGUCAAAUCAAAUUUAUCGCGAUUAUUGGAGCGAACGUGUACCUGUAUGUUCUUUCCGUACACAUCUAUACGCUCAAUCAUCACGAUCUAAUCGCAUACCACGAUAUUUGAGACAGGAGACUAAUGAUAAUUAUACAAAUUUUAAAGCUCACAAAUCAGGUGAUGAUUUAAUAAACAAUGUUUAUUCAUGUGAAACUGAUAUUGACAGAUUUUUAUCGUCGUUGAGAAUGCAAACUGAUCAAUUGCAUCUGGAAAUCUACAAAUCUCAAAUAUUGGAAAAUUAGACUAAGUAAAUACGAUUAAGUAAUUGCGUAAUUAGAUUAAUAAGAUAUAGAGUAUCUAAUCUGUUCAGUUAUGCGAGGGACAUUCAAAUUGUACUACGAGCGCAUUUUCAUCAAAUCCUUUCUCACGAUGUGUUUAUUAUGAUCAAGCGGCAGCAAAGAAUGACAUGUGAAUCAAUAGUGAAAGGUCACGCAUCGCAGGUACUUAACACGCAUCGACGAGACUUGAACUGUGUGCCGGAGGUAACCUUUUCUUACCGAUUCGAAGCUACCUGCGGUUAUGCAAUUGGGUUGAUCUUUCGCGAUCGAGUCUUGUAUAGUCUCAUCGAUCGAAUAUUGUCGGUUGUCAGCAAUAAGGAUACUUUACUAUGUACUAUAAUUUUCUUUUUAUAAAAAUUAAUGUCUGUUAAUGUCUCAUGUAAAUACCAUGCACUUAUUUGAUAAUUUACAAAUCAUGAUUUACAUGUUGAGCGAUCAAUAAGAACAAUUCAAUUUUUUCCUGUGUAUAAAUAUUUUUUUAUCUAUAAAUGUUUUAUAAUGACAAUAUCAGAUUUUACUUUUAGUUAAAAACAUUCGAUUUAACU